UUGCAUGUGGAAUUUUGUAGUUGGAGUUUGAUAGAUUCAAGAUUGUGUGAUUGUGUAUCAAUCUAAAUUUUUUCAUCAUGUUUAACGGUGAAAGUACAACUUCGGUUACAUUUUUAUUUAUUACAAAUAUAUGUUUGUUUAAUUUGUAUAGUGUUGAAUGUUAAAUAAAAACUUAUUUAUCAAUAAUUGUUAUAGAAGUCUGAAUGUAACAACACUGUGAGUACUGCCAGAAAUUAGGCUAGGCAUAGGCCUAUCAUGUACAUAAUUACUUUUUCGGAAAUUUGACCUAAUAACAUUUUUUAAAUAGAGUUUUACAAAAUGGCUUUCCCUGGUAACGGCGUUUACGUAGUCCAGGGGGAAAUGUCUAUUCUCCUGACAGCAAUGAGAAGAGGUGCAAGAUGGUCUUCCCAUUCUCACCAGGACGAGGAAAAUGAUAUUUUGAUCAAAGGAUUUGCAGCUUUAAAAGAUGUUUUGAACUCUGUUGGUGACUUAAGAGCUCUAGACCCUUUGCAUUUUCUAGAUCCAUUUCUUGAAGUAAUCAAGUCAGAAGAAACAACAGGACCUGUGACAAGUUUGGCACUUUCUUCAAUCAGCAAGUUUUUAUCAUAUGGACUUAUCGAACCAGGAGGGAAGUCGGUGCCGGCUGCUGUGGAAAGGAUUGCAGACGCUGUGACGCACGCAAGGUUUGUGGGCACCGACCAGGCCAGCGAUGGCGUGGUGCUCAUGAAGAUUCUGCAGGUUUUAAGGACGUUAAUUCUGUCUCCCAUCGGUAUAAUGCUGACCAACGAUAGCGUGUGUGAAAUAAUGCUCAGCUGUCUCAGAAUUUGUUUUGAAACCCGUUUAAGUGCGUCCAGAUGGUGA